AUGGAGAUUCGUUCUCCUAUUUCUUCCCAGCAGAUUCAACCAAAUCGACCUCGUAGCUCUGGCCAUCAUACUAAUCAUCACGCUCAUCAUCUGUUACCGCACCAGAGAAAGGUCCAUCGUCAACAUGAUUCUCACCGCAUUACAUAUCCUCUUCAUAGCUUUCGUUAUAUUGAUGGGGUUUUGGAGAGGCGAUUGGAACAAUUUCACCCGCCUGGCGAAUCCCCAGAUUUCUGUUUAUUUAACUACGGCUUCGUUUUCGGUGGAUUUCGAGGGGGAAAGGAGGGGCAGAAAUGGGUGGCGAGGGUGAUCGGAGUGGGGGCGAGCCUCGAUACAUGUGGCAGUCAAACGAUCCAGGAGGAGGUGAAGCUGGUGGGUGCAUGGUUCAGCCCAUAUGUUCACAGGGUGACCUGGGUUUUGAAGUUGAAAGGAAUCCAAUAUGAAUACGUGGAAGAAAAAAUAAACAGCAAGAGCUCUCUCCUUCUGGAUUGCAACCCUGUGCACAAGAAAGUACCGGUGCUGCUUCAUCAUGGAAAACCAAUAGCUGAAUCUCUUUUCAUCAUUGAGUACAUUGAUGAGACUUGGAAACAAAAUCCCAUUUUGCCCACUGAUCCUUAUGACAGGGCAAUGGCUAGAUUUUGGGCUCCCUACAUUGACCAAAUGAUACUUGAAGGUUCAAAGAGAGCGUUAUAUGUGGAAGGAGAGCAGCUAAAGAAAGAGAUAAAGAAGGUAUCAGAGGCCAUGGAAGUGCUUGAAGGGAUGCUGAAAGGAAAGAAAUACUUCGGAGGAGAUAGGUUAGGGUUCUUGGACAUCGCCUUCGGCUGGAUAGCUAUAUGGUUGGAGGCCAUUGACCAAGUGGCCGGCUUUCGAUUUCUCGACUCUAACAAAUACCCUUUGCUCCACAAAUGGAAGAACAAAUUCAGAGAGAUCGAUGUCGUCAAGGACAGCUUGUUUCCCAUGGAAAAGUUGGUUUGCUUCUUUAAGAAAUACAGCCAAUAUUCAAAGCUGAAAUUAUCGGAAGCAACAAAAUGAGAGAUUAUUGCUGAUAAUUAA